ACUCGGGCGACUAAAUGGUAUAUAUACAUAUAUACAAUUGUGAGUAUAGCAGCAAUCUGGAGCUGAUCAAAUAAUACACAAAGUCGUUCCGUGCAAAACAACGAACAAGUCUUAUAUAUUUUCGCCAAGUAUCAUGUUCAUCAUGUAUUAUCUAUCAGAAUGUAAUGUCAGUCAAAGUGUCAAUCGUCAGAGAAGUUUUUCAAAUAUCAUAAACAAUUUGUAACAACUACAAUACGUUAAGUUGGCGAGCUCGAGCAAUAAAAUAGUACAGAAACUAAACUGCUGUGAAAUUGCCUCAGUUCGAGUUAUCAAAGAAUGACUGGAAAAAAAUAGUUUAUACUCGAUAAAAAAAUGAUAUCAGAAGACACGCACAACAUGCCGUCAUCGCCAAUUUUGGAUUUACGCGUUGAUUCUCAAAAACAACGAUAUCCCUUUUGCAUAGUAUGGACACCAAUUCCAGUAAUAACAUAUCUUUUUCCUUUCAUUGGACACAUGGGAAUUGCAACUUCAACUGGGAUAAUACGUGACUUUGCAGGACCAUACGUUGUUUCUGAGGACCGAAUGGCAUUUGGAUGGCCCACAAAAUACUGGCAGUUGAAUUACACAAAAGCAAAAGGAAAGGCUCAGGGAUGGGAUUCCGCUGUGCAUGAAGCAAGUGAAAUCUACAAAGAAAGAAUGCACAAUCUGUUCUGUGAUAACUGUCAUUCCCAUGUAGCAAGAGCAUUAAAUAUCAUGUCCUAUGACAACUCAAAUAGUUGGAAUAUGGUAAAACUAGCACUUUACAUGUUUAUAUAUGGAAAAUAUGUGAGUGUUGCAGGAUUUUUCAAGACCUGGAUUCCAUUUUCAAUAGUCAUUACCAUUGCGUUUCUUAUUUACUCAUUUUCAAGUUGAAUCAUAAAAAAAAUCA